GUUACACUCCAGCGUCAUGUACCUUACACAAUACUGGCCCCGCCGAGCGAGGACCAUUUGGGUGCCCAAACUGCGCUGCGAUUGAAGUCAAGCAUCGACGAGGGAGCAGUGCUUUCGUCUUUACCUUACCCCAGUCUUGCAAAACUACAAGGCAAGAUGAUGAGCCGGCGGAUGUUAACAAAAGAGGACGAGGAUGCCAUGGGAGAUGAGGUCGAGGUCCGCCGCGAGGACCAGGACAAGAUCAACAAGUUCAGCCGUCUACACCAGCACGAAUUGUUGAUAGAAGAGGAGCUGAAGACUAAAAAUAAAGAGAAGGAAGAGCUCGACGACAUCACAACCGAGUUAGAGCUGGUCGACGAGGACGACACCGUUCCUUACAAGGUCGGGGACGCCUUCUUCCACAUCCCGCUCCCGCAGGCCCAAGAAUUGCUCGGCAUCUCGACGGCAAAGCUAGAAGAAGAGAUCGAGGCGCUCGAGGACAAGUUGAGCAGCAUCCGCGGAGAAAUGACGCAGAUAAAGGUGGAACUAUACGCAAGAUUUGGGAAAGCUAUCAACCUCGAAACAUAA